AUGGGGAACUGCACCACCAUCACCGAGUUUGUCCUGCUGGGGCUCUCAGAUGCCUGUGAGCUACAGAUGCUCAUCUUCCUGGGGCUCCUCCUGACCUACCUCUUCACACUGCUGGGGAACCUCCUCAUCGUGGUCAUCACCCUCAUGGACAGGCGCCUCCACACCCCCAUGUACUACUUCCUCCGCAACUUUGCCAUCCUGGAGAUCUGGUUCACCUCAGUCAUCUUCCCCAAGAUGCUGACCAACAUCCUCACAGGAUACAAGACCAUCUCCCGAGCAGGCUGCUUCCUGCAAAAUUUCCUCUAUUUCUUCCUGGGCACCACAGAGUUCUUCCUACUGGCAGUGAUGUCCUUUGACAGGUAUGUGGCCAUAUGUAACCCCUUGCGUUAUGCCACCAUCAUGAGUAAACGGAUCUGUGUCCAGCUAGUGCUCUGUUCAUGGCUGGCAGGAUUCCUUCUCAUCAUCAUUCCAAGUUUCAUCAUAAUUCAACAGCCCUUCUGUGGCCCCAAUAUCAUUAAUCAUUUCUUCUGCAAGGGUGGCCAGGGGGAGGACAAGAGCAAAAUCGUUGCAUUGCUCAACACCAUAGUGACCCCGAUGCUCAACCCCUUCAUCUAUACCCUGAGAAACAAACAGGUGAAGCAGGUGUUUAGAGAGCAACCUCAGCUGGCGACUCUCCUUCUGUCGAUGAACUCGAGUGUCCAGCAGGCAACCUCCACAGUGGCUGUCACUACUGCUAUGGUGACUUGCUGCUUUUGCAGCAGCCAUGGCAUUGCAGUGGCUAUGGUGGACUACCUGUGUGGAAAUAGUGGUUUUAGUGUGCUCUUUACAUGA